UGGAUUUUAGUAACAUUGAGAAAGCUGUUGAUAUAAUUUCUAAUCCUAUGGUCCACACAGAUCCUGAAAUUAAAAAGCAAGCUAAUGAAUACCUUACUGAUAUUCCAAGGAGUCACUAUGCUAAUUGGAGGGACCUGUUCGGUUAUUUUUGAGAAACCACAUCAGACCAUACCAAAUUCUGGAUUUUACAGGCCCUUUCAGUGAUUUGUAAGGACUGCUGGCCUGGUUUAAGCACCGAGGAUAAGAAAGAGUUUGGAAAUGUAGCAUUCGAAUUCCUAAAGCAGAACCAUAGCCUCAUAGUCCCAGUCCAUCACUUCUGCCAGAGAUACUCAUACCUCUGCAGUAUGAUCAUCAAGAUGGGAUACCCUGACUCCUGGAGCAAUGUGUUUGACCAGUUUGAUAUAAUGAUCAAGGAAUCAGAGGAGAGUCUCACCUUCCUAAAAUUCCUCUUCUCCUUAAUGCAACAGAUCAAUGAUGAAAUAGUUGAACGGGAGAAUUACAAUACAAAUGAGGACCUCCAGAUGGCAACUAGAGUUAAAGAUGCAAUGAGGCUUGGUGAUGUAGCAAAAAUAGUGCAUUUAUCCCAAAUUGUUCUAGAAAAAGCUGACCAACUAUCAAAAGAGCUCGUUCUUGGAGCUGUAGACACUCUUGCUGACUUGAUUGACUGGAAUGAGCUAUCUCUAUUUGAACCUUCCUUUGGUAUAGUCACAUCAUUUCUUGAUAACAAGGAUUAUCAACAAAAUGCACUUUAUUGAUUUUACUCAUUUAUGAAGAAAGGGAUGGAUCACGGUGUUAAAAUAAAGCUGAUCAAAGAUAUUGACAUCAUUGGGAAAAUUAAGAGUCUCACCAUUGGCCCAGAUGACAUUGAGCUCUGACAAACGAUUAGUGAUAUUAUAUCCAAAAUGGGCUUUCUCAUACUUGAAAUUGUUGAAAUACCUCAGGAAGGAGCUGAUUACCUUAAUGAUGCCCAGCAAAUUCUGAUGGAAUUACUUGUGCUCAACGUGAUGUUCCUUGAAUGAGAGGAUGUAAAAUCUCUUCAGUUUGUCACUAGGUUCAUCAACUCUAUGAUUUUGUACAUUAAAAAGCUUCCUGAGCUAUCAGAACAACUCUCUGAAAUAGCAUUCAAGGUCCAAGAUUUAUGAGUCCAAAAAUGUGAGUAUCCAGAAUGGUAUUCCUUUGAAGAGAAAGAUCUUAGUGAAGAUGAAGAGGUUUUCAAAGUUCUCAGAUUUGAUCUGGCUAAUUUGUUCAAAAACACAAUUUCAGUCUCAACCCUGAAGGAAAGGGCACUUGCAAAAAUUAAUGAGAGGCUAGAUAUGAUCAAAGAGAAUUUCUCCAAUAUGACACCAAACCAGAUAGAAUGCCCUCUUUUCUUACUUAGCGAACUGUAUGAUAUAAUUUCAAGGGAAGAUAGUUCUGUUGAAAAACCCAUUCACCAAGAAAUCUGUGCCAAAUUCUUAAAUGUUGACUUCCUAUGUUUGGGCAACAAUGAUGAGCCUUCAAAAGAAAAAGCAGUUGUAUACGCGGUUUUCUACGAAGUUUGUGUAAAAUUUGGUAGUUAUUUCAUCCAAUUUCCUGAUGCUAUCCCUCAUAUUAUUGAAGGGAUGAUGAGCGAGAAGGGAAUUCUUAACCCCUGGAAGAUCCUCUCCAGUAAGGCUUCCUAUUUCCUACUCAGAUUUAUAUGAAGAGUGAAGGAUAAACUUCAUGAUUAUGCUGAACUCAUCUAUACAAACUCUCGUAAAAUAGUUGAAAUGUAUGAAGAUGGGAAAACCAACCUUUAUCCUAGAGAUAUUGAGAAUGUGUAUGAGAUCAUCGGGAAUAUGCUCCAGAACUUUCAGAUGCCCCCAGAUCAAAUCAAAGAGACUCUUGCUUACUACUUUGAGAUUAUUUGGACAAAAAUGAACAAUACAACAGUACUACAAGGGAAUAUCGAGCUCAUAAGAAGAAUGAAUUUUCUAGUAAAAUCAUUGACACCUAAAAGUGCUUCUGCAUCUCAUGAACUUCUUAAAGGAAUGAGUGAGAAUUUAUUGAAUAUAUUCAAAGCAUAUAUAAACUCACCGAUCCUUGAGUGAUUAGUAUUCAUUCAGAAAGCACUCGCCCUUAAUGGGGUUGAAAUGCUUGAGUCGAUUAACAACUAUAUGGAAGCCAUGCUAGUUGCAGACACACAGAUUUGUCUAGAUAACUGCUUCAGACUGAUGACUUUUGUUAUAAUAGAGAUAGAGGAGCAAUCUUUCGAACUCUUUGAUAAGCAUAUAGCAACCCUCUUCGAACGGCUAACUAAAAUAGAGUUUCCAGAAGAGAAUAAAUCCGAUGAGGCAAAGGAUAAACUCUCUGUGUAUGCCAACUUCAUCAAAAUGGUAACUUCUUGAGUCCAAAAGAACUCAAUAGUGAUAAUUUCAGGCAACUCAGCAGCUAUAUUUGAUAAUUUAAUGCAGUUCUUUUCUUUCAUAGUCACUCAGAAUGUCCAGAAGAAUUUCAGAAGAGAUGUCCUUAACUUAUUCAGGACAAUGAUGGCUGAAUACUCUGGUUGAACUUUAGACUCGAUUAAGAAUAUUCACAUGGGAAAUAAAGAGAAAAUGGAAGAAAGGAAAAUCAAGGACAACCCAGAUUUUGAAGGAUGUUGGCAAACCUUUAUUAAAACAUCUUCUGAGCUCUCUUUUGAUAUCUUCAACUAUAUUGACCCAAAGGAUCCUAUUGAUAACAACUGAAUUUACCUGGCUUCACUUUUGCAUGUAAUUCUGAUUCACUGAAUUCCUGAAUUUAGGGAAAUUUACCAGAGCAAGAUCACCAAGAUAAACCCAGGGUUAAACUUUGAAGAGCUUGCAGAGAGAAUAGGCUUGUUUAUCAACGACAAGAUCAAAAUUGGUGCAUUCAAGCAGUACAUAAGGUCAACUUUUGUGAAGAAGAAUUAAGUCAUUAAGUAUUA